ACGUGUCUUUCGCCGUAUCACCACGUGAGUUUAAGAUAAAUAGCAGAGAGCAGCAAGCAAGCUAGCAAUGGAGCACUCCAAAGCGAAACCAGUGACCAUGACCAACACCAGCUGCCAUGUGGUGGCAAUGCCUUAUCCGGGCAGAGGCCACAUAAACCCAAUGAUCAAUCUCUGCAAACAUAUUUUAUCACAAAAACCAGACAUUCUCUUUACUUUUGUAGUCACUGAAGAGUGGCUUAGCUUUCUUAGCCCAUACAAAAUGCCAACCAAUAUCCGUUUCCAAACCAUCCCUAAUGUUAUACCUUCAGAGCUUGGCCGUGCUAAUGAUUUUCCGGGAUUCUUGGAAGCUGUUGCUACAAAAAUGAAAGUUCCUUUCUUGCAACUCCUUGAUGGACUUGAUUUCAGCGUGGAUGCUAUUAUUUAUGAUACUUACUUGGAUUGGGUGGUUAAAGUUGGCAAUUCUAGAAAUAUUCCUGUUGCUUCUCUUUUUACCAUGUCUGCUACUGUCUUUUCUGUUUUCCAUCAUUUUGAUCUUCUCGUGCAAAAUGAUCAUUUUCCCCUCGAAUUAUCAGAACAAGGAGAAGAAGUUGUGGACUACAUCCCUGGAGUUCCUCCAGCACGCCUAUUAGAUCUUCCAACAGUAUUCAAUGGAACUGGUCGACAAGUACUGUCCCGUGCCUUGGAACCUGUUUCAAUGGUUUCCAAAGCACAAUACCUUUUAUUCACUUCUGCAUAUGAGCUUGAAGCCGGAGUCAUUGAUGCUUUAAAGUUGAAGUUUCCCUUUCCUGUCUACACUUUAGGCCCUAGCAUCCCUUAUGUGGAAUUGAAAGACAAUUCUGGUUUGAGUACUAAUGAUCACAACAUCCCUGACUACUUGGAAUGGCUAAAUUCGCAACCGAAAGGUUCAGUGUUUUACGUCUCAAUGGGAAGCUUCCUUUCAGUUUCAAGUGCCCAGAAGGAAGAGAUUGUAGCUGGAGUGUGCAACAGUGGUGUUCGGUUCUUGUGGGUGUCUCGUGGCGAAACAACUCUGUUUAAAGAUGGGUAUGGUAAUAUGGGAUUAGUAGUGUCUUGGUGUGAUCAAUUGGGAGUAUUGUCUCAUCCUUCUGUUGGGGGAUUUAUGACGCAUUGUGGUUGGAAUUCUACUAUGGAAGGUGUCUUUUCAGGAAUUCCAAUGCUUGCUUUUCCUAUAUUUUGGGAUCAAAUUCCAAAUAGUAAAAAAAUUGUGGAAGACUGGAAUGUCGGGUGGAGAGUAAAACCGGGGGUUGAUCAUGAAAGCUUGGUGACACGAGAAGAAAUUGCGGAACUGGUGAAGAAUUUAAUGGAUCAAGAAAGUGAUGAAGUCAAAACAAUGAGAAGAAAGGCAAAAGAACUUCAAGAGGCUUGUCGAGCGGCAAUUGCAAGAGGUGGAUCAUCUCAUAGUAACCUUGCUUCUUUUAUAAGGGAUAUCUCACAAGGCAAAGCCAAGUAAGCAUGUUGGUUUGUCAAGUAUUCUUGUCGGGAGACGCCCGUUAUUUAUUAGAAUAGAUAAACUUAAGUCUGUGAUUAUGUCCAUGUGUUCCACAAGUUGCAUAUAGCAACUCUCUUACCUAUGGAUAAUUUCUAAGCAGCCACUUUGGCAUUCUGUA